AUGGUGGACCCGGAUUCAGUUACUAGAUGGAAGACAACGCAGGCUUCUAUUUCUACUCGACUUCGGACUCCUUUUGCUCGACUCCAUCGUAGCGAGAUGCAUAAGCUUGAUCGCAUCCGGCUGUCCAUGGCCGAAGCUGACAAUCCCUGGCCGACAGAGGACGCGCAGCUUUGGACACAGUGCUGUCAAAUUCUUGAGGACCCUGCCAAUCGGGAAAAGCUUGCAGCGUUAUGGAAAAAUGACCGUAAUGCAACAUUCGUCUUGAAGGUGAUAGCAACAGCUGAGAAAUACAGUUAUGCCCAGGCACAACAUGACGUGGAACAUCAUGUUGACUUCAGCCCGGAACACGAUUUCCUGGUAAAGCGAGUAGAAAAUGACUCUUGGACGUCGUCCUACAGCGCAGGCUACCUCGCCUCAUACGACGACACAGGCAGUAAGAGGGGAUAUGAGAUUCAUUAUGGCGACAAUAAGAGCUUGUCAAUUAGCGUCCAUGGACAUCAGUAUGGAAAAAGCUCCUACUACGCCCAGAAGGAAGGGUAUAUCGAAUACCGGGGGGAUUCAUGGUCUCAGUGGUUCGGGGUGGUGGUGGAUAGUGGUUCGGUGAUGGUGAAAGGAGGGUCGGUGAUGUCACGACAUGGUUCGUGA